CCGGUGGUACCGGCAUCUGCCCUAGUGAUGUCGUGGGUACGAGCCGCCCCGGUAGCCGGGGCUCCUGGUGAGGAGGGUGAUGUGUUUGACGAGGAAGCGGACGAGUCGCUUUUGGUGCAGCGGGAGUGGCGGAGCCAAAUGCAGAGACGUGUCAAAGAAGGUUAUAGAGAUGGAGUAGAUGCUGGCAAAGCAGUUACUCUUCAGCAAGGCUUCAAUCAAGGUUUUAAGGAAGGUGCAAAAGUCAUUAUAAACUAUGGACAACUCAGGGGAACUCUGAGUGCUUUGCUUUCCUGGUGUCACCUUCAUGAUAAUAGUUCGGCUUUGAUCAGUAAAAUAAAUAGUCUUCUGGAUGCAGUUGGCCAGUGUGAAGAAUAUGUACUCAAACAUCUGAAAUCAAUCACUCCACAACCCCAUGUGAUAGAGUUAUUGGACUCCAUUCAAGAUAUGGACCUUUGUCAUGUAGUUCCAGCUGAGAAAAAGAUUGAUGAAGCUAAAGAUGAAAGACUCUGUGAAAAUAAUGCUGAGUUUAACAAAAACUGUAGAAGGAAUCUUAGUGAGGUAGAUUGUUCAUCUUUAGAAUGUUGUAGAACACAGGAGUCUGUACAUUCUGAAAACCCAAGCCUCACUUGGAUUUUAGAGCAGACAGACAAUUUAGUAAAACAACUGGGUCUAUCAUUAGAGGUAUUACAGCAUCUCAAACAGCUAUAAAAAGUAUCUUCAAAUGAAAAUAAUAUUCAGAACAUUUCUUAGAUCAUCUUAUUUUUCAACACCUAACCAAAAUUUGUACUUCUUUCUACACUGAGCAUUUCACUUACAGGAUAAGCCUUUGUGGAAUUGACAUGUCUUCAGUAUUAACACUAUUAAAUGUAAUAUAACUUUGUUACUGAAGUUUUUUAUGUAGUUUAAGAUACACUCAACAUCUUUGUUUUCAUUUUCAUUAUGACAAUGUAUCACUGUCAUUUUCAAAUUUAUGAUCAACACUAGUUUUUUUUUCAGACUCAUUAUAGCAAAGUGAACAAGAAUCAAACAUGUUUUAUAAGUACUUAUCCCUACCUUCUGCUCCUGUUGCAUCACCAUUGUGUCAGACCAAAGUUAGUAAAAUAUGGCUAACACUGUAGAUAGAUACACAUGGCCAUAUCCAGAUGCAUAGAAAUGUUGAAAUUAAAAGACAAUAAGUGUAAGAAACUGAAGAAAUGUUAAAUAGAAUAUGAGAAAGUGACAAUAGUUUCCCAUUGAUUAAAAGAGCGUACUGUUCCAUGAAAAAUACAGAAAAUAUAUUUCAUGCUCCAGUGCCUACUGACAUUUUCCAAGUACUAUGGAAUUAGUACUGUUGAUCUAAUGAGGUGCCAGGUUACUUCUAAACUGCAGUUUUGUUUAUAUUUAUACAAGAAUAAAGCACUCAAAUGAUUGAUUUCUGUGUUACCUUUUAAUGAUGUUCUUAGUCUAGCUUAGACAAGACUACUUUUACUCCAGGAUAUAAACAUUUCAAGGCCCAGAAAGGAUCUUUUUUUAAUCACUCUUUUUGCCUGGAACAAAUUUAUGUGAGGUGCUUGACUUCAGAGACACCCAAAUAAUUGCUAUUCGUUGACAACCUUAAAUGCUUCAUCACCUGUAUUAAGACCUACCUCCUCUGCUAAAACAGGCAUAGUGAGAUGAAAGAAUCUUGAUAAAAUGAGUUUAUAAAGAAUAUUUUCUUAAUAUACAAUUGUGAUCCAAGUUCACAGAACAUUAAAAAUUAAAGUGACAAAUCUGAAAUUGGAAGAGCAAAUAGUGUUUCCGAAUUUAUUAAAAAGUGAUAACAGGUGACAUUUGACUUUAGAGUAAAAGAAGUGCCCACUUUUAUUUCUAGAUAUAAAAACUAUUUUAGGCCCUCCCUGGUGGCGCAGCGGGUUAAAG